CUCACUCACAUAUUGCUAAAGACAAACUCCGUUUCUGUCAUCUUCCAUUGAACUCCACUACUCCAGUACUCCGCCUCUCUUUUUCUCUCUCUUUCUUCAUCAAUCCUCCUUCUGUACACAACCCAGUUCUCCAUACGAUCCAACCAAACACUUCUCCUUUUCUCUUUCUCUCUGUUAAUGGCCAAAUACACUCAGUAAAAAAAAUCCAAAGAAUGGACUCACAGCACCGCAACAACAGCACUAGUACAACUACAACUCCUACAAGCACAAGUGAGCUCUUCAUUUGUUUUACUUCUCGCCUUUCCUCUUCUUCCUCCAUGAAAAUCACUUCUAAAUCAAUCUUGAGUCCCGGCCGUGCUAGAGAUUCUUCCCAAAUCUCCCUCUCUACUUCUCUCAGUCGGAGAUUAAGAAACAGUGGUAGUAUCAAAGGCGGCCAAGCUUCACCCAUGUUCCCGGCUUCCAAUGGCAAGAAGCGUGGCUGUUCUUUUGAGAACCCUGAACCUUCUUCUCCCAAAGUUACUUGUAUCGGUCAGGUGAGAGUCAAAACCAAGAAACAAGGCAAGAAAAUAAGGGCUAGAUCCAAGAGUCGGAGAGAAGUUAGUUUUAGAAAACCAGACCAAACCGGUUCCAUUAACAGUAGUACUUGUAAUGGUGGCCAUAAUGUUGAUGGAGGUCAUUUUCAAGAUUUUGGUGGUCAUGGCCAAAUGAGCCACUCCCACUCGUUUCAGCAGCAAGAAUGCUUGCCUCAUAGGAACCAAAGAUGGGUUCAUUUGCCGAUGACAAUAUGCGAGGCUUUGAGGACAUUUGGGGCUGAAUUUAACUGCUUUUUACCGUGUAGAUCUUCAUGCAUGGCGAGAGAGAAGGUUGAGAAAGCGAGAAGUGAUAAUGGCAGUGGGAGUGGGAGUACUAGCUCUUGUGGGGCGGUGUUUGCACGGUGGCUUGUGGCGGAGAAGAUAGAGUUGGUAGUUGGAGAAGAAGAAGAUCAUCAUCAUCAUCAUCAUCAUCAUAGACAUCAUGAAGAUGAUGAUGAAGAAGAAGAUGAUAUGCCGAGGAGGAGUCAAAGAAGGCAUGUGUUUGAAGAUAUUGUGAUAGAAGACGCGAAGUUUGAGGAUAAAAAUGAGAUCUUGGAGGAAGAAGAAGCGAGAGUGAGUGUACCACCCAAGAAUGCUUUGUUGUUGAUGAGGUGUAGAUCUGAUCCUGUGAAGAUGGCUGCUCUUGCUAAUCGGUUUUGGGAAUGUCCACCUCAAGAUGAAGCUGAGGAUGAAGAAAAUGAAGACAAUAAAGACAAUAAAGGUGAGAAAGAGACUCAGCAAGAUGGUGAUAAAGAUUGUAGAGUAAAAGUGGAGGAAGAAGUAAUGGAGCAGAGAAAAGAAGUAUUGGCUUGUGAAAGUUUGGUUUCUGUUGAAGUUAUUGAAGAAGAUCAAAUGAUUCAAAAUCAAAUCCCGGAUGCAGAAGCAGUGAAAGAAGCUGACUUGGUUUUGGAUAGAGAAGAAGAGGAACAAGAAAGCGAAGAAAUUUGUGAAGUAGAAGGAGAUUUACAGAGGCAAGAAGAAGAAGAAGAAGAGAAACAAGUACUCCCGCAGCCAGUAAUAAUAUUAGAAGAAGAGGAAAGUGUUGAAAUUGCAGAUCCAGAAAAGGAAGAAAAUGCAAAUGCUGAGCUACUUCAAGAAAAUGAACAUGUUCUUGUAGAAUAUGAAGCUGAACCAGCUCUAGAAGAAGAUGAAAUAAAACAUGAAUUUUUUGACGCCAUUGAAGAGUCAAGACCUCGCCUUUCUUGUUCCUCUGUGGCGUCAGUUCAGCCACAACGCCUUUCUUGUUCCUCUGUGGCAUCACUACACACACAACCAGAACAAGAGGAAGCUGAAGAGUUAGAAGAGAAAGAGCCAUUGGAGAAGAUCUUGCUAGAAGAGGAGGAAGAAGAAGAAGAAUCAGUGAAGACGUCGGAGGAUAUAGCCGAACCCGAAGACCCGGAAAUCACCCAAGAACCAGAAACGGGUCAAGAGUCAAAGGAGAAAGGAGGUCAAAAGCAACAAAAUUUAUUGCCAGAUUGUUUGUUGUUAAUGAUGUGUGAACCGAAGCUAUCCAUGGAGGUAUCCAAAGAGACAUGGGUCUGUAGUACGGACUUCAUCAGAUGGGACAGAAAACCGCCGAUCCAACCAGUCAACAAAACAGAUGGCUGUGAUGAGCUCAAGAGGAGAAUCAGCAUCGACUCUAAACCUCCGCAGCUGCACAACAUCAACCAACAGUUAAUGCAGCCGCCGAGGUCAUCCUGCUCUUUCCCGGCGGCUCCUCCUUUGCCGCCGACUCACGGCGCGGCGUCGAUGAACUCUCAGAUAGAGCAGAAGCUGGCGGGAGCCAAGCAGCCUUACGAGCCAUUUGUACUAACACGCUGCAAGUCGGAGCCGAUGAGGUCGUCGGCUAAGUUUGCCCCGGAGGCUUGUUUUUGGAAGAAUAGAAAGCUCGAGCCGCAUCGCCCCGGCACAGUCGGGGUCGGCGCCGCUGGAGUCGGGUUUUAAGCCGGGUUAAUAAAGGAUAUGGAUAAAAAAUUACGGGUCAGUUUGUAUUGUAAUGGAUAAUGUUUAGGGCUUUUCACUAGUACUAUUCUUGCUUGUUUGUAAAUCUUUUUAUCUAGUGAUUUUUAACCAA